AUGGGAUCCAGCCUCAGCAUAGUGCUGGCGGGCGCUGCCCCAGGCGGCGCCCAACUGCGAGCGCACAGCGGCGCGCGCCGCGCCUCGGUGCCCAACGCGCUGUGCCGGCCGCGCCGCCCCAUGCCCAAGGCGGUUGACUACAGAAAGUUGCGCAAGCUGAUCAAAUGCCACAAGCUGGCUCCGUGUCACAACGGCCUCGAUAUGGACUGCGGCUCGCGCGAUCUCGAGGUUGAUGAGUGCCCCAUCUGCUUUCUGGCCUACCCAUCAUUGAACCAGACCGUCUGCUGCAACAAGCUGGUCUGCACAGAGUGCUUCGUCAGGGUGCAAUGCAGCUCCAAGCCGCCCGGCAAGGCCUGCUGCCCCUACUGCAAGGCAAACCCCUUGAGCGUGAAGUACAUGGGUGCGAGGAGCCAGGAGGAGCGAGAGAGGGAGCGGCGCGAGGAGCAGGAUGCCAACGAGGCGCUGAUGCGCUGGCAGAAGCAGCAGGCUCAGCAGCAGACGCAGGAGCAGCGGCGGCCGCGUGCCGAGCAGCAGCAGCGGCAGCUGCAGCGACAGACCGAGCAGCAGCAGGGGCAGCAGGGGCAGCAGCGAUGGCGGCAGCGGCAGCAGCCGCAGGAGGCUGAGGAGGGGGUGGUGGUGGAGGUCGUGGCAGUCGCGCCGGCGCACGCCGCCCCGCAGCCACCUGGCGCCCAUGCGGCGGCGGCUUUCGAGAUCGCCGCGCACGCCGCCGGCCCCAGCUCCGCGGUGGCCGCGCCUGCGGCAGGCAUGGAGGGUGCCGGCAGUGGAGUCUGCGACCCGGGCACCUUCUUGCGCGAUGCGGGCUGCACGAGCCAUGACCUCUGGACUACGCGCGACCAAGCGGCGCACCUCGCGGCGCGCUUCAUCCCUGAGCCGCUGCUGGAUCUUGAGGUGGCCAGCCUGGAUGAUCUGGAUGACAUCAUGCUCCAGCAGGCUAUCUGCGCGUCCCUCGGCCGCAGCUGGCUGCGGCCGCACGGCGGCGGCGCACCUGGGCAGGGGGAGCCGGCGGGCGGCGCGGCCGCGCUGCCGGACGGCCCCGCGGCGGGCCCCGCGGCGGCGCUGGCGCGGGCCGUGCAGGCGCCGCGCGGGCUCGGGGCUGCAAAUGAUGGCGACGGCGACGCCGCGGCUGCGGCGGAGGCGGUGGCAGCAGCGGAGGCGGCGGCAGCCGCGGCGGUGCAGCUUGCUUGCGUGCAGGCGCAGGAGCAGGCGUCAACCAGUGCAGGAGGUUUUUCAGCAGCAGCAGCAGCGCAACCCGAACCAUGGGGCGAGUGCGGCGACGCCGGCGCCGACGCGUGCGGCGGCACGCGCGUGCCGCUCCUGCGCCUGCUAGCCGUGGCGAUGGCGCACGGCCGGCCGGCGCCUGGGGCGGGCGGCGGCGUGUGCUGCAUGAUGGUUUUGCCCGACGGCUCCGCGGCGGCCCAGCAGCGGGCGAGCGACGAUGCAGCAGCGCGCCUAGAGGGCCUGGCGCUGAUCAAUGGUAAUGCGCCAGCCGGCGGCGGCGGCGGCGGCGGCGGAAAUGGGGAUGCCGGGACUGAGAGUGAGCUGCGGCAGCAGCUGAGGGACGAGGCCGGGUCUUUCGGCCGCCUAGAUUCGGUAGAGGGCUGGCUGCUGCAGCCGGCCGCAGACGGGCGCGCCCCCGCGGGCGCCCCGCCCGCGGCCGCGGUGCAGCCGCCGCAGCGCAAGCUGGCCGUGCUGGUGAACCCGGACGGGUCGCUCGCGGUGCUGGAGGGCCCGCCGCCGACGGCGGGGGAGGCAGCGGCCGCAGCGGUCGCGGCGGCGUCUGAGGCGAGCGAUGAGGGCGACCUGCGGCUGCAGCGCGCGCUGGCCGCGGCCGAUGCGGAGUUUGCCGCCCGGGUCGCGGCCGCCGCCGGCGCCGGCGCCGGUGACGCCAUCGGUGCCGGCCUGCCGGCCGACGGGCCCACCACGAGCGCUGGCGGACGGGGCGGCGGCGAGGGCGAGGGCGCGGGCGGCGGCGGCGGCGGCGGCGGCGGCGCGCCCGAGCCGGAUCUUGAUUUUGCGGAGCGGCUGAGGCGCGCGGACGAGCGUUUCCGCGCAGGUGCUUGGGGGCAGGAUGACCCGCGGUGA